ACGUAGGUAGAUAGAAAACUUGUUGACGCGGUUGCACCCGCGCGAUGCAUGAGUCAGUGGGAAUACAGCUUGUAACGGUAUAACUGUGUUUCUAUUCAACGCCUCCCAAAAAGCCUAGAAAUAACAGUGGCGACGAGUAACCUUAACGCGUGUAAUCAUGGAUAAAAUAUCAGUGGGCUUAUUAACAGUGUUUAACCACGAAACACAAGAAUGGGAGUUGUACAAAGGACGCAUAGAACAAUGGUUUCUUGCGAAUGAAAUCGACGAUGACGCGGACAAGACGGGCGCAAAGCGGAGGGCGAUUUUGUUGAGCAGUUGUGCCGAAACCACAUACAAACUCAUUAGGGAUUUAGCACUCCCUAAUGACGUUUCGUCCCUGUCGUACGAGCAAGUGGUAUCCUUGCUGGACGGCCACUUUAAAGCAAAGAAAUGUGGGUUUGCUGAGAGGUAUAAAUUUCACAGUGCUUGCCAAGGCAACAGUGAGUCCUUGAGUGCGUGGGCCGCCCGAGUGCGGGGUUUAGCGAAGGACUGCAGUUUUCCGGCCGCUGUACUAAACGAAAUGCUGCGCGACAGAUUCGUCCUGGGCAUGGGGAGUGGCAAAGUUCGUGAGCGACUUUUCGAGAAGUCCCUCGAGGGGCUAACGAUGGAAAAAGCGCUGCAAUGGGCGGAAAGUGUACAUUGUGCUAACGAGGGAGCACGACAAGCAGCCAUGACGGUGCAGCCAUCUCAAGAUCUGUCCUUAUCACCUUUCGUCGAGGUACACAAAGUAACGUCCAGGCAACCAAGGUCGUCGCAAGGAAGACAAGUGUAUAGUGCGGAGAAAGAAAGUGCGUCUCGUUCAGUGCCAGCUAAUAAAAAAAAGUGUAUCGUCUGUGACUCGUUCGGUCACGGAAGCCAAAUCUGUAGAUAUAGGUCAUUUACGUGUAGGGUAUGCGGUGUCAAAGGUCACAUUCAGCGUGCCUGUGGCGCCGUGAAAGGACGGGACAGCCAGCAUUUCCUACAGUUUCAUUCGGAUGCCCAGGGUGAUGACGAUGAUGGUAAGCGACUCAUAUUUAAUAUUCGUAGCUAUCAUGGAGAGCCGAUGCGUGAGACGAUUGUGGUGGAUAGUGUGUCCUUGUGUUUUGAAUUAGAUACAGGAUCAGCUGUGACGGCUAUUUCAGAUUCUACAUAUUAUAAGUAUUUUUCUAAGCAUAAGCUAUUAGAAACCAACAGAAUAUUACAAAGUUACAAUGGCAGCAAUAUUCGGACAAUAGGGAUGUUACCUUUAAGGUUUGAAUACAGAAAUAAAACGGAUAUAAUAGAUGUUUAUGUAGUAAAAGGAGGCGGGCCACCUCUGCUAGGCCGUGAUUUUAUAAAUAAAUUCAAUCUAGAAAUAUGCUCAGUAAACAUUUGCACAGCGAAAGAAGACUUUGUUGAAACGCUAAUUAAUAAAUUUCCAAAGCUUUUUUCCAAUUCAUUAGGGUGUUGCAAAGACAUUGAAGUGACAUUGAAUUUAAAACCGGACUCUAAACCUAUUUUUUUUAAAGCCCGGUCGGUGCCUUUCGCCCUGCGUAAUAAACUAGAAGCAGAAUUGAACAGAUUAACGUGUUUAGGGGUUAUUGAGCCGGUACAGUUUUCCGAGUAUGCCAGCCCUAUUGUUCCGGUAUUAAAACGUAAUGGCAGCAUAAGGGUGUGUGCAGAUUACUCAGCGACGCUUAACAAACAACUUUUAGUUGAAAAGUAUCCACUGCCUCGUAUUGAGGAAUUAUUUUCUAAACUUCAUGGCGGUGUAAAAUUUUCAAAACUAGACCUAUCUAAUGCAUAUAAUCAACUAAGGUUAAAAGAAGAUUCGCAAUUAUUGACGUGCAUAAAUACACAUAAGGGCUUAUUUAAAUACACGAGAUUAGUAUUUGGGUUAUCCAGUGCGCCGGCUAUAUUUCAAAGAACGUUAGAGUUAAUUUUAACAGGGAUAGAUGGAGUACUUCAGUUCUUAGAUGAUAUUUUGAUUACAGGAAAAAAUGAGCAAGAACAUUUAGAGAGGUUAAACCAGGUUUUUAAGAGGCUAGAAAACGCUGGACUUGUAUUGCAAAAAGAUAAAUGUAAUUUUUUCCAAGAUUCGGUAUCUUAUUUAGGGUACACUAUUGAUAAAAACGGGUUACAUAAGUCACCAGACAAGGUGAAGGCUAUUCUUAAGGCUAAUGUUCCUACAAAUGUUACCGAACUUAAGUCAUUUUUGGGUUUAGUAAACUACUAUAGAGGGUUCAUCAAAAAUGCUUCUAGUAUUUUAUGUCCUUUACAUUCUUUAUUAAAAAAAAAUGCUAAUUGGAAAUGGGAACAGGAACAUUCGGAGGCUUUUGAAUUAAUCAAGAAACAGUUAGCUUCCGAAAACGCUUUAGCACAUUUUAAUCCUGACGCAAAAAUAAUUUUGACAGUUGAUGCGUCACCUUACGGUCUCGGUGCAGUGUUAUCGCAAAUAGAAGGCAGUGGCGAGGAACGACCCGUUUCGUAUGUCUCUAGGUCAUUAAGCGCAGCCGAAAAACAGUAUAGUCAAAUACAAAAAGAAGCGACGGCAAUCAUAUUCGGGGUGCGGCGGUUCCACCAAUACCUAUACGGCAGAGCAGAGCCAUUUAUAUUGAGAACCGAUCAUAGGCCGCUACUAUCUAUUUUUCGACCAGGCCGUGGUAUACCUGAAAUUACAGCAAAUCGGUUACAAAGGUAUGCGUUAUUUUUAUCAGCGUAUAACUACACUAUUGAGUACGUUAGUAGUGCAAAUAACUCGGCCGAUUACCUUAGCCGCGCCACGAUCAACGGUGAGUCAGAAUUAGUACCUACAAAAUAUAAUAAUCGAGGUAAACUGAUUAGAAGUGGAAGCAACACAAUCGAUAAUAGCUCUUACUCGUGUUACAUUUGGGACGCACAUUCAAUGCCGGCGAUCUUUAAAGAUGUUCAACAGAGUACGAAGUCGGAUAAAAUUUUAAUGCAAGUUAUUAAAUACCUAUUGAACGGUUGGCCGAAUAAGGUGAUGGAUAAUAAACUCAAGCCUUAUUUUAAUUGUCGUUAUGAAUUGUCGUUUGAAAACGGGUGCGUCAUGAGAGGGGCGAAACUUGUAAUACCCGAAGCGAUUCAGGGCGCAGUGGUUAAAGAGUUGCAUACGGGCCACUUGGGUGUAGCUAAAAUGAAGGCCUCGGCAAGAAUGCGAUUUUGGUGGCCUAAGAUGUCCGCGAGUUUAGAGACAGCAGUAGGUGCAUGCGAAGUGUGCGCGCAGCUCCGCGCCGCCCCGCCGCGCGCCGCGCUCACUCCGUGGCCCUAUCCGCCUGAACCCUGGUUCCGGGUGCAUGUGGAUUUUUUAGGCCCUUUUAAUGAUAAAGUAUAUUUAAUAGUGGUAGAUGCUUAUUCUAAAUGGGUGGAAGUUUUCGAUGUGAGUAACGGGUACAGUUCUAGAGUAGUAAUUGAAAAAUUAAGUGAAAUGAUGUCAAGAUUUGGACUUUUUAAUACAAUUUGCAGCGAUAACGGCAGUUCAUUUACCUCGUCAGAAUUCAAAAAUUUCUGUAGUUAUAAUGGUAUUUCUCAUUUAACUUCGCCGAUCUAUCACCCUGCAAGCAAUGGCCAGGCUGAAAGUUUUGUUAAGAUCGUUAAAAAGGCUUUAAAAAGCAUAGUUUUAUCAGGAACGUCAAAAAAAGAUAUUAAUAAUAAGUUAAAUGAGUUUUUAUUCCACUAUCGCAAUUCUACACAUUCCACCACGAAUCGAUCACCUGCUGAGGUGUUAUUUGGUAAAAAUUUACGUUGUAGAUUGGAUUUGCUAAACCCUCCUGCGCGGCCGUCAUCGUCAUCCGACCGGGAGUUAUCAAAAACUGUAAAAAGAAAUCAGUGUUCACAGAUUAAAAACUAUAACGGAAAAAGAAACAUUGACUUUAAAGAAGGUGAACUGGUUCUAGUGAAAACAUACAAUAAACAACAAAAUGCUUGGACUAAAGGAACUAUUUUGAAAAAAAUUGGGCGAUCGUUAUAUUUAAUAAGUCUCAAGGAAAAUAACGUUCAAAUUAAAAGACACAAGAAUCAAAUUUGCAAAUUUGAGGGGGAAAGUGUGAUGGGUGGACACGAAGAAGCCGUACGACACGAUAAGGUCGCCAGUACAGGCUCGGUAAACAUUGAGGUCCGCACAGAUUGCCCCGGCGGCGUUGCAUCGGCGAAUCGAUCUGACCAGGCUACGGAGCCCGUUCCUAGGCCAUCAUGUCCUCCGGCUCCUUCAGCCCAGGCUAUACCGAAUACGGACAGUCGAACAGUCCGAACUCUAAGGCCUCGUAAACACAUUGAUUAUAAGAAAUAUUUUUAAUUAAGCAUGUCUUUUAGUUGAUAAGUUUUUUUUAAUUGUUAAAAUAGUGUUGGAGGGAUGUUAUACGUAGGUAGAUAGAAAACUUGUUGACGCGGUUGCACCCGCGCGAUGCAUGAGUCAGUGGGAAUACAGCUUGUAACGGUAUAACUGUGUUUCUAUUCAACGCCUCCCAAAAAGCCUAGAA